CUUCAUUGCACCUUUUCCUCCCGAUAGUCAAAUUCUAUGGGGUCGAUGUUAUAGACUAAUUCUAGGCCUGGAGAAUGAUCUCCUCUAACCCCAAUCCCCAUACCUGGACACAAAUUCUCGCAAUUCUUACAGUUUUGUUGUGACCUACCAUCCCGGUCGGUCAACUCAAUAUGGCUGCAGAAGACUCACCAGUUCUUUCUGGCCCCAUUCAGCCAGAGCGCCCAGUCAAGAAGCGAGCCUCUCAGGCUUGUCAACAAUGUCGUUCACGAAAAGUAAAGUGUGAUCUUACGUCGAAAGGCCCGCCAUGUCACAAUUGUCAACUGGAUGAUAUAGAAUGCACGACAUCUCUGUCGAAGAGGAGCAGAAAGUAUCGUUUACAACAACGGAAGAGGACCUGGGCGGAUGAGAGUGAAUCUAGACCAUUGUCCGGUGGGCAGCCGCUCCUCGAUAUACCCUUCGACCCGAACGCUGGUCACUCCAUGACUCCUGUCGCAACUGCAAGUCGAGAGGAAGCCCAAAAUCCUUCCCGCAUCACUGAAGGCCACGAUACUAGGCCCCAGCCCCUUCCCAAUGCUUCUGACUGCACAACGAAGCCAUCCAGCGAUCCCAUUGUUGCGGAUGUUGAUCGGUCUGGCACAGCUUCCUUCCAACUCCCCGCCUUCAUUCAGCCCCCAUCACGCGAGUUUGAUAUGGACGAGCUGGACUUUUUGAAAAGGUAUGGAGCGCUCUCCCCACCUCAGCAGUCUCUUCAAGACCAAUUAUUUCUUUCCUUUCUCCUCUAUGUGUUCCCUUUUCUACCGGUACUUGACGUACAAGACUUCAUUGAUGCUGUCGAGCAGCGUCGACCGGACCGGCGAAUAAGUUUGAUUCUCUUUCAGGCGGUCAUGUUUUCGGGGACGGCAUUUGUCCCUAUUGAAGCACUCCGAGAAGCUGGUUUCGAGAGUCGCAUUGCAGCUAGAGCCAUUUUCCUCCGCAAGGUCAAGCUGUUAUACGACUCGGAUUGGGAAAGCGAUCGUAUUGUCCUCAUACAAGCAACACUGCUGCACGAAUGGUGGUACGUUUCAAGCGCGGACGCAAAGGAUCCUUGGUACUGGCAUGGUUCCUGCCUGUCAUUGGCAAUAACGACAGGUCUGAAUCAGAAAAGUACAGAUGCCCUUCCCGAUCCCAAGAUGAGACGCUUGUGGAGAAGGAUCUGGUGGACGAUUGUGUCAAGAGACCGACUUAUGUCUCUCAUCACUCGGAAGCCAAUGCGUAUAAAGGACGACGAAAUCAAUCUGGCCCGCUUGAGGUUCAGAGACUUCGACACCAAACCCUACUCCACUGGAAAGCCGCUUCUCGUGGCUUCUCCUCUCGUAACCGAGAGCAUCGGCAGAGUCAUGUUGGCAGAAAUGUUCAUUGCACAAAUGGAAAUACUCUUGAUAGGCGGGAGAAUCAUCGAGCACACUUACAAUCUCCAGAUAUUUGCAGCGUCGACGUGGGCAACAUACUAUGUUCCCAAGCCAAAAAGUGAUCUCUCCAUGCAAGAUUGCCAUCAGCUGAAAAAGGAGGUAGAUGACUGGACUCGGAAUUUGAACCCGUGGUGCCGACUGCAGUGUUGCGAUGAGGAGGAUUUCGGACAGCAGGGCUUCGGAGUGUUACGUAUUAAUUCAAUGUCGCUGAAAUUACUACGUUUCAUGGCACUGGAAACUUUGCUUCGGCCUCUGACUUUCUCCGGGCGCUGUCCUGGCAUGCUGAAUGAAACCGAAGACGAGUCCACCAUCGAGGCACGGAGAGAUGUCACUCAAAUUGCCGCCGAUAUGACGGAUCUGCUUUCGACUCUUAGGACUGACAAUUUGCUGGAAUACGUUCCUCCUCUUUCGGUGGGUUGCAUUCAUACCACGCUGGCCACCUUUCUUGUAGACUUUCGACUGGCUGGUAAACGUCCUCCAGACGAUCCGAGUCAUAAAUUCCACGAUUGCGUUCGGUCGUUGGUACAACUACGGGACGUGUGGCCCAUCACCAAGGGCACGUGUGCAUUGGUGAAACACGGAACGGCCAAUAACCAGAUAUGGUUCGCCAGGACCCUCCAGAUGUUGGCUCCGAUGGCUCGAAGCAAUGCGGCGGGGAGCGGACAAAUCGAUAGCUACGGUCUGCAAACAUCUUCUACUUGGACGCCAGCGCAGAGUGAAGGAAGGGAUAAUGAGUUCUCCUCAAUCAUAUAUGGCGACAAACUACCCACAUGGCCUGAUAGGGCGGAAGGGACGCCUCAGCAGGGCAGCAAUAUGGCAUCCACGUACCUAUCAUCCAUGUAUCCAGUUCCCUGGACAGCUGCAGAUUUCGAGGUCCUCGACCUGGAGGUCUGUCGGGAAAUAUACACGAGUUACACUUCUGAGUCUUUCCCUGCUGCACAAGGAACGGCUCAACAUAUGUAUGGCGGCGAAUCGCUUGCGCUCAACCCGACAAUUGGCGAUAUAGCGGAUGUGUCUCUACAACUUUAGCGAGGAAGCAAGAGUUCGUCCGGGACGAUCUCGUUCAAACUUCUGUAGUAGUAAGUCCAAGUCAUGAGCCUUCCUCUUUCUGAUUGGCUUGAUCCUCGAGAACGCCAAACUUGCUUCGUACGAGCACAUGUUGAUGCUGGCACUUCAUGGAGGAAAAGGCUGCAAGGAAAAAGCACCAAUCAGAUGCCGAGACGGACUUCAUCGUCCUUAUCAAUCUCGACGACUCGUACUCGGCAGUGCUACAGAACCUCCUCUUUCAACAUCCCCGGAAAAUCACCAUCUCUUUCAACAGUCAUGGAGAAGCGCGCUGCCCAGGC